ACGGCGGGCAUGUGGGACCGGCUGCGGGGCAGUCGGGCGGCGGGCGGCGGCCGGAGCGCGGCCGCGAUGGCGCAACGCGACGAGAAGGUGCCGGCGGCGGCGGCGGGCGAGAGCGAGCCCGGGGCCGCGGCCGGGGCCGGGGCUGGGGCAGGGGCCGGCGCCGGGGCCGGGCCCGGGGACGGGGCCGCGGCUGAGCGGGGACAGAGCGGGGUCGCCGCGCCCUUCCAGCCCCCCGAGGGCGGCUUCGGCUGGGUGGUGGUCUUCGCCGCCGCCUGGUGCAACGGCUCCAUCUUCGGCAUCCACAACUCCUUCGGGAUCCUCUACAUGAUGCUGCAGAGCGACCUGGGCGAGGGGGAGAAGGACCCGGCGCUAGAGUUUAAAACAGCAUGGGUCGGCUCCCUGGCCAUGGGGAUGAUUUUUUUCUGCUCUCCCAUCGUCAGCAUCUUCACCGACCGGAUCGGCUGCAGGACCACGGCGGCCAUGGGAGCCACCAUCGCCUUCAUCGGGCUCCUCUGCAGCUCCUUCACCAAGUCCCUGGAGGUGCGUUAUUUCACCUAUGGGAUCCUCUUCGGCUGUGGCAGCUCCUUUGCCUUCCAGCCCUCGCUGGUCAUCCUUGGUCACUACUUCAAGCGCCGCCUGGGCCUGGCCAAUGGCCUGGUGGCCGGGGGCAGCUGCCUCAUCUCCGUGCCGCUGCCCUUCUUCCUGAAGAUGGUCGGCGGUGCCAUCGGCCUGGCACACACUUUCCAAGUCCUCAGUGCCUUAAUGCUCAUCCAGAUCUUCUUGUCCAUGACCUACCGGCCCAUGCUGACGCCGUCCUGUGACCCUCAGCACGACGGGCACGACAAGCUGGGCAGCAGGAGCGCCAGGCAGCAGUGCUGGGCCCAGACCCGCAAGUAUUUCAACCUGAGGGUUUUCCGGAGAAAGACUUACAGGAUUUGGGCCUUUGGGAUCGCUACUGCUGUCCUGGGAUACCUCGUACCUUACAUGAACCUGGUCAAAUACGUGGAGAAGCGAUUUCACGAAACCAAAAAGGACUGGAUCCUCCUGGUCUGCCUCGGGGCCAUGUCGGGGCUGGGGCGUUUGGUUUCGGGCCGCAUUGGUGACUGCAUUCCCGGGCUGAAGAAGAUUUACCUGCAGGUUGCCUCCUUCAUGCUGUUGGGCCUCCUGUGCAUGAUGAUCCCCCAGUGCCAAGGCUUCGAGGGCGUCAUUGUCAUCUGCCUCUUCCUCGGCCUCUGCGACGGCUUCUUCACCACCAUCAUGGCCCCCAUUGCCUUCGAGCUGGUGGGGCCCAUGCAGGCGUCCCAGGCCAUAGGGUACCUCAUGGGGCUGAUGGCCGUGCCCAUGACCGCGGGCACGCCCAUUGCAGGAUACCUCAAUGAUUAUUUUGGGAAUUACGACGCGGCCUUUUACUUUGCGGGAGUGCCGCCCAUCAUCGGCGGCCUGGUGCUCUCCGUGGUGCCGCUGGUGCACCAGAGGAUGCUCAAGAAGCAGCGCCUGGAUUCGGGCAAAGACAAGAUGCUGGUGUCGGAGGCGGUGGUGAACGGGGAGCUGCUGCCGGGCUGUCCCGCCUCCGAAGCGCACAUGUGACACCGCUCCCGGCUCUCCGGGGACACCAGCAGCCUCUCCAGAGCCCCGGCACAGCCCUUCCCAGACGGACCGCAAUUCCCAGUGAUGCACUAUGUUUGUAAAGGAGAAAACACAAAAAGUUCUUCUAGUUAAAGGCUUUUAACUAGCAGAAAUCCUUUUUUUUUUUUUUUUUUUUUUUUUUUUUUUUUUUUUGGGACAAUUUUGAUUUCAAAGCCACCUUUUUUUUUUUUUUUCUCCCCCUCUAACCAUUUUUCUAAGGAGAACUCUCACCGGGAUUCAAACUUGAUUGAGCUCCCACUCCUCUCCCCGGUUUUCUACACGUCAUGACAGAGGUUUACAGCUAAUAAAUGCCUUUUCCAAGCAGGCCACGGAUGGAACUUGUUGAACCUUGCAGCUGUCCAUCCUCCUCCAGUGUCACUCGGGUGUCACAUCCAAGUGAGACAGCCCCCUCCCCGUCCAGCACCUGGGGCUGUUUUGGAGCCAGAGAUCCGAAGGAGGAAACGCUGCUUUAGUCUGAUGCACAAACCAAAUAAAUGUCAGCAAGUCCCGCUUUCAUCUUCUUCUUUCCUCCUUUCCCGCUGCUCUCCCACAGCCCCAGGGAGCUGCAGCUGGGAUGACAGGGAGCUCAGCUGGCUCUGGCCAUCGGAGUCACGCGGGAGCACACCCUUCCUGCAAAAUAUGCCUUAAAAACGCGUGGAUGAGACCAGCAGGUCCCUUGGCUGCCUUCCACCUCCGUUUUCCCACCCAGCAAUUAAUGAUUGGGCUUUUGAGCUGCAAAAGAGAGGGGCAGCUCCAUGCACAGCUCGCAGUGCCCGGCUCUGGGUGGCCAAAUCCAUGGCAUGGCCACCGAAACGGGCACUUUGUUCCACCCCUGUGUGCCUGAAAGCCACCACAGCCCCCGUGCCACGGAUCGGCUCCGUGCUGGGAGCUCUGCCAGGCUCAGGGGUGCCCAUGGCUGUGGGGAUGUGCCUGGCUCAGGGCACAGGGUGCCCCCGCUGGUUUUGGAGCCAGUUGUGUGUUAUGCAGCAAUAAUGGGUCAGUACUGGUGGGGAAUCCCAGUUUUCCAAAGGGUUUGACAGCCCCAGUAGCAUUGAACUUGUAGCCCGUGUGUUGUCACUGAGCUGGUGCAGGGCCAGUGCUGAUCCAGGGGGAGAGGGAGAGGGUGCAAGGGAAUCACACAGCCCCUGGAUCCCCACCACACUGAGUGGCAGCAGAGCUCAGCCUCGGGCAGGCAUCCAGCACUGCCACAGAAAACUGUAGAAAUUCAAAUUGCCCGGAGAAGCUGUGACUGCCCCAUCCCUGGAAGUGCUCCAGGCCAGGUUGGACAGGGCUGAGAGCAACCUGGGAUGGUGGAAGGUGUCCCUGCCCACGGCAAGGGCUGGAAUGAGAUGAGCUUUAGGGUCCAUUCCAACCAGAACCAUUCCAUGAUUCUGUGAUCAUGUCCAGGUACUGCUAAUUAGUGUGGCUAAUGAGUGAGAAGGGAAGUUCUCCUGCCCUGGAGGGUCCCUGUGUGAACAAGGUGACAGCUGGGACUGGGGUCCCUUUUCCUGGGAGAGAGCAAGAAACAAAACUCACAUUUAUCCUGACUGCAAACCCAUCCUUCAUCAGAUUUUCAUUUUGUUCACCUGCCACUAAAAACUGAGGUGUCUGAAGAGGGAUGUGUGUGGUGGGGAUCACCCCUUGGUCUCUGGGUGAGUGUGGGGUUUGUAACACCAGGACAUGUCUUUGCUGUGGAAAUUUGGGCUCGAUGGAGGCCCCUCCCACUGGCAGUGGUGGGACUUUUGUACAUAAUAGGCUCAGGACCCUGCAUGUCCCUCUGGCCCUGUUUUUAACCCCUCUUGGCUGAUGCAUUUGUAAGGUCUUGUGGUCUUGUGGCCCUUCUGUCCCCGUAUGAGCUGGAAAAUUACCUGGUGUGUUGUGACGUGUCUGUUUAUGAUAUAAAAUGAGAUGUCUACUUGUCUCUUUCUCGGA